AUGGAAAGCAUGUUUGGCGACUUUUUUCAACCGCCAGAGACGAAAAUAGGUUGGGAGAACUGUGAAAGUGAUGGGAAGGGAGUAGAUUCAAAACUUUUAGAGAAUCACCCUUCAGCCAUUCCCUCGAAAACGAUGACUGAACGACUAACACGGUCCCUGUAUAAACUGCAUUUUUCAACAAAGGAUACGGUUAGUACGAGGGGAAAUCUGGAAGACCCUGCCGGACCUCAACGAGCCACCGAUACUGGAAAUCAGAAUGCUUCGUCGGCACUUUCUUCAAUCAGUUCGCUGCCUUGCGCUAGCGGUGCAUCCUCUCUCUGGGGAAAAGAAGUGUUGGACGCGGAGUAUCACAAGCAGGGUGGGUUUCUACACUCAACUGUCCAGAGAGAUGUUCUCCAGAGGGGCACUGAUGAUCACCAGUGUAAUUCCAAUAAAAAUAAUCGCCAAAACGGGACAUUGGAGCUCUUGGCCAAGGCGACGGCGCAGCUAAAAGAACUGCGCUUAAGCGUCUCCGCUCACCAGCCCUCGGCGAGGGAGACCGUCCAACCGCCGGCUGUGCGGACGCAUGUUGCGGAAUCGUGGAAGGAGAACAGUAUCUCCUCGCCCAGAAUCAACGAUCUUCACCCGCAUCCCCGAGUUCCCUUUGAAAGGGAUUUCGAAAGAACGGCGAUCGCAAACGAUCAGUCAGAGCAUUCUGCCCAAGAAAAGACGCCAGAGCCUCCAAAACGAGCAGCAAGAGGUCGUUUUCGGCUGGAGCCUCAAAGACAAGCUCCCCAGCCUCAACAAAGGUCUGUAAUCAGGACGGGUCAGCAAACUGCCAGGCCACCGUCACACAGCAUGCGGAAUGAGGAAAGCACGUUGACUCCCAAGAAUAGACCCAGUACGGGUUACAAAGGAGAGUCGAGGGGGCAAUCUACGCCUCGAACCUUUCGAAGUCAAACGUUUUUGCACUUUUCCACUUUACACGACAGGUCUACUGACAAGGACAAGGUUGCCAAGCCAAGAAGCCUCUCAGAGAGCUCCCGUCCCGUGGCAUUUCGACCCAUCGUGGUCGCUCGAAAGCGCCCGGAACGCCCAGAAAAGCCCAUCAGGAGGUCAGUAAACAUCUUCGAAACACCACUGUCGCAGAACCAGAGGAAGCACACUGUUCUUGCCUGUCUUCACGCAGAGACCCCAAAUGCUAAUCAGUCGAUGCUUGCAACAAAGCCGAAAUUUCGACAACGGUUCUUCCUUCCCGAGACGGCGCAGAUCGAGGAGAUGCUCUUCGACAGUCAUGACAGGCGUUUGAAAGCCAUCUGUUCUCGUUACCUCUGCGACCUCAAGGUCUACUCGAAGAUGCUGCAUGGUGGAUGCCUACGCAACGUGAUCGUCCUCUCGGCUUGCCAUAUGGAGUCACUGCGUAAGUGCACUCGUGCCUUGGACUCCCGAAUGAACUGGUGCCUCACAGCGCAAUUGAAGUAG